AUGGCUCCAAGAGACUCACUUAAGAAAAAACUCGUGAUUGUUGGCGAUGGUUAUUGCGGCAAGACCACCCUCUUGUUGGCAUUCAAGGACGGGAAAUUUAACGAUGUUUACGUGCCAACGGUGUUUGAGGACCAAACCGCGAACUUGGUGGUUGACGGAUACAACAUCGUGCUCAAUUUGUGGGAUACUGCCGGACAAGAAGAUUAUGAAAGACUCAGACCAUUGGCGUACCCUGAAUCCGAUGUGGUAUUGAUUUGUUUUACGGUGGAGCAAAGGGCCUCGUUAGAAAACGUCCAACACGUAUGGUUAAAAGAAGUGUUACAUUACGUCCAUGGGGUUCCGAUUUUUUUGGUGGCGUGCAAAAAAGAUUUGAGAUUGGACCCUGCCACCCAAGCAAAGAUGGCAAAGCAAGGCACCACCUUUGUGAGUCCCGAAGAAGGCCAAGGUGUUGCCAGAGCCAUCAAUGCGUAUCGUUACGUGGAAUGUUCUGCGAAAACUGGCGAGAACGUUAUUGAGUUGUUUGAAGAGAUUGGUAGAUCUCUUAUCCCACAAAAAAAAGCCGGCAAAAAUAAGAAGGCCAAGAAAUCGAAGAAAUGUGUUAUUUUAUGA